AGCGUGAUUAGUAAAUGGGUACUGUUUCAACUGGGUCCAGUUCUCUCUGUUGGUCUCCCAAAAUACGUUGAAGAACUUCUAAUCCACAGUUUUCGUCUUCCGCCAUUCCUCGUUAAAAAAGAUUACCAGAGACUCUAUGAUUUUUUCUACGAGUCAUCUGGUUUCGUUCUAGAUGAAGCUGAGAAACUGGGUAUCUCACGAGAAGAAGCUUGUCAUAAUCUGUUAUUCGCCACGUGCUUUAAUUCUUUCGGUGGCAUCAAAAUUUUGUUCCCCAACAUGCUAAAGUGGAUUGCCAGAGCUGGGGUCAAAUUGCAUACUGAGUUAGCACAAGAGAUCAGAUCAGCCAUCAGAUCCAACGGUGGGAAGCUCACGAUGGCUGCCAUGGAACAGAUGCCAUUGAUGAAAUCCGUCGUAUACGAAGGGCUCCGGAUAGAACCUCCCGUCCCGUUACAGUUCGGGAAAGCAAAGAAAGACCUUCUGAUCCAGAGCCACGACGCAGUUUUCGAAGUGAAAGAAGGGGAGAUGUUGUUCGGGUUCCAACCUUUUGCGACAAAGGAUCCGAAAAUAUUCGAGAGAUCUGAAGAGUUUGUCCCGGAUAGGUUCGUGGGUGACGACGGGGAGAGGCUGUUAAAGCAUGUGCUUUGGUCAAACGGGCCUGAGACUGAGGAUCCAACAUUGGCGAACAAACAGUGCGCCGGCAAGGAUUUCGUGGUGCUUGUCUCUAGGCUUCUGGUGGUGAACCUGUUCAGACGUUACGAUUCGUUUGAGAUCGUCGUCGGUAAGUCCCCUUUGGGGGCCGCCGUUACGGUAACGUCGUUGAAGAGAGCAAGCUUUUAGUUUGGAGAGAAAUUCUUUUUAGGUUUCGUCAAGGGUAUAUUUGGCAAGUUAUUAAUGUAAUUUGUUAGCAUGAAAUGAACUUAGUCGUCGACAUACUUUUUAUGGUAUCCCUCCCGGUGGGUUUAUCUCCGGCGACCGAUGCUUGAGCUAAGGCACGGCGGGAACAGGGUGCAUAAGGUACCUAAGUUGUAUUCACCUCCUAAUUAUUCUAGGUCGAAUGCAAAAUGAUGCAUAGCUUUUCCAUAUAAUUGUGUUUACCUAUUUGUAUAAAUCUAAAUCCUUCUUGUGCUUAAAUUUUUAAUGAUGAAAUAAUGACUUUGUACCAUUAAUGCGUUAAUGGUGCUUAUGUUU